AUGUGGGCACAUUCAAUGACAGCUCAAGAUUACCAGGAUCUCAUAGACAGAGGAUGGCGAAGAAGUGGAAAGUAUGUCUACAAACCCAUCAUGAAUCAAACGUGUUGUCCUCAAUACACAAUAAGAUGCCAGGCUUUGUGUUUUCAGACCUCCAAAUCUCACAAGAAAGUUCUGAAGAAAAUGCUGAAAUUUAUUUCCAAAGGAGAUGUUUCAAAAGCAGUGAGUGAAGAAGAGCCUAUGGAUUCCCAUGUAGAGGAUGCGGUUGCGUGUGAUUUUGCAUACAAAAGUGAAUCUCAUGUCAGUCAGUCGGAACUGACUCCCUUGAGUAUGGAUCACACUGAGAAGGUGGAAAAUGAAGAUAAGGACACAGGAAAAACAAAAGAAGACGUGAAUAAGCAGAAGGUGGAAUCGGGUUCUCUUCCACUCUGUGCAGAUAAAGACAUGCCAGUCCCUGGAGAACCGUCACGUUCGGCUAAAAUUGUUCAUGCACUGCCCAAGCCAGGCAAAGGGGCUGACUUGAGCAAGCCACCGUGUCGAAAAGCAAAGGACAUACGGAAAGAAAGAAAACUGCAGAAACUCCUUCAGAACCAGAUGUGCACUUUUGAAGGCUCUCCGCUUCAAGCAGGAGAUCAAGUUUUCCUCUUGCAAAACUCUCAAUCUAAACCAAACCAACCUAAAACCAUUGAAGACUUUGUUUUUGUCUCUUUACCUGAUGAUGCAGCACACAAAUUAGAGGUGAGGGUGGUGAGAUCAUCUCCACCAAGUUCACAGUUCAAAGCCACAUUUCAGGAGUCUUACCAGGUCUAUAAACGUUACCAGAUGGUUAUUCACAAGGACCCACCUGAUAAACCAACUAUAAAUCAGUUCACUCGAUUCCUCUGUGAUUCUCCGCUGGAGGCAGAGAAUGCACCAAAUGGACCAGAAUGUGGCUAUGGUUCUUUCCACCAGCAGUACUGGCUGGAUGGGAAGAUAAUUGCUGUCGGUGUAAUUGAUAUCCUGCCCUACUGCGUGUCCUCCGUCUAUCUGUACUAUGAUCCAGACUAUUCCUUCUUAUCUUUGGGAGUCUACUCUGCAUUACGGGAAAUUGCUUUCACUAGGCAACUUCAUGAAAAAGCUCCUGAUCUCUGUUUUUAUUAUAUGGGUUUCUACAUUCAUUCAUGCCCCAAAAUGAGAUACAAGGGUUUACAGCCAAAUCCUUGGCUCCUGGCUGCAUUAGGUUACUUGGACAGUGCAACACCAACAGAAAACUUCCCAAAAGGGGCAGCUGGAGACCUUCUGCCGGGGUGGUGGUGGCGUUGGAACGUGUCACGCUUCUGCCAAGCAUCGUCAGCACAACGGCCUCCCAGCACCCGCCGCAUGCCGCUGUACACCGAAACAGCCUCAGGUGCCACCAAGGCUGAACAGGAGGCAGAGAAGUUCAGAAACGUUUUUGGCCGCUGUCCUAUAGAUGUGUAG